AUGGUGUCCUGGCGGCGGAGGCCGGGGCCCGGCCUGGCGCGGCUGUGGGGCUUGUGCUGCCUGGUGCUGGGCUGCUGGCGGGGCGCGCUGGGCUGCCCCGCGUCCUGCCGCUGCAGCUCCUGGCGGAUCUGGUGCGCGGAGCCGGCGCCGGGCAUCGCCUCCUUCCCCGUGCCGCAGCGGAGCGCCGAGGGCGACAAUGUCACCGAGAUUUACAUCGCAAACCAGCGAAAAUUAGAAAGUAUCAAUGACAAUGAAGUUGGAUUUUAUGUUGGACUUAAAAAUCUGACCGUGGUGGAUUCAGGCUUAAGAUUUGUGUCCCGUCAGGCAUUUGUGAAAAAUGUCAACCUACAAUACAUCAAUUUAUCCAGAAACAAGCUCUCAAGUUUGUCCAAGAAGCCUUUUCGCCAUCUGGGUUUGUCUGAUCUGAUAUUGGUGGACAAUCCAUUCAAGUGUUCCUGUGAAAUUAUGUGGAUCAAGAAAUUCCAAGAGACCAAGUUUUAUACAGAAACUCAGGAUUUGUAUUGCAUAGAUGACAACAACAAGAGGACAGCCUUGCUGGAUAUGAAGGUCCCAAACUGCGACUUGCCCUCAGCAAACUUAAGCAAUUACAACAUCACUGUGGUGGAAGGAAAGAGUAUCACAUUGUACUGUGAUACUACUGGCGGGCCACCUCCUAAUGUGUCCUGGGUCCUCACUAAUCUUGUUUCAAACCAUGAGAGUGACACAAGUAAGAACCCUGCCUCGCUAACUAUAAAGAACGUGUCAUCCAUGGACAGCGGACUGUGGAUUUCCUGCGUAGCAGAGAACAUUGUGGGAGAGGACCAAGCCUCUGCUGAGCUCACGGUAUUCUUUGCACCAAAUAUCACAUUUAUUGAAUCUCCAACCCCGGACCACCACUGGUGUAUUCCAUUCACUGUGAAAGGGAACCCUAAGCCCACACUGCAGUGGUUCUAUGAAGGGGCUAUAUUGAAUGAGUCUGAAUACAUCUGUACUAAAAUACAUGUUAUCAAUCAAAGCGAAUACCAUGGCUGCCUUCAGCUGGACAAUCCUACCCACCUGAAUAAUGGUGCUUAUACCUUACUGGCAAAGAAUGAGUAUGGAGAGGAUGAAAAACGGGUGGAUGCUCAUUUCAUGUCGGUGCCUGGAGAUGGUGACGGAAAGAAUCCAAACUACCCUUUUUUCCUUUCCAAAGAAUAUGAAACCACGCCUAAUGAUCUUGGAGACACCACAAAUAACAGUAAUCAAAUCACUUCUACGGAUGUUUCCAACAAAGAGAAUGAAGAUAGCAUCACUGUGUAUGUUGUGGUGGGAAUUGCAGCACUGGUAUGCACUGGCUUAGUAAUAAUGCUUAUUAUUCUGAAGUUUGGAAGGCACUCUAAGUUUGGGAUGAAAGGUCCUUCUUCAGUUAUCAGCAAUGACGACGAUUCAGCCAGUCCCCUCCACCACAUCUCAAAUGGCAGUAACACUCCAUCUUCUUCUGAGGGGGGUCCUGACGCAGUCAUCAUUGGGAUGACAAAGAUUCCUGUCAUCGAAAAUCCCCAGUAUUUUGGAAUUACCAACAGUCAGCUCAAGCCAGACACCUUUGUGCAGCACAUCAAGCGCCACAAUAUCGUUCUUAAAAGAGAACUGGGAGAAGGAGCCUUUGGGAAAGUCUUUCUGGCAGAAUGCUAUAACCUCUGUCCCGAGCAGGACAAGAUCUUGGUUGCAGUGAAGACACUGAAGGAUGCCAGUGACAAUGCCCGCAAGGACUUCCACCGCGAGGCAGAACUGCUAACUAACCUGCAACACGAGCACAUCGUCAAGUUCUACGGCGUCUGUGUCGAGGGUGAUCCACUCAUAAUGGUCUUUGAGUAUAUGAAGCAUGGAGAUCUUAACAAAUUCCUCAGGGCACAUGGACCAGAUGCAGUACUGAUGGCAGAAGGCAACCGUCCUGCUGAGCUGACCCAAUCCCAGAUGCUUCACAUUGCACAGCAGAUUGCAGCUGGUAUGGUUUACUUGGCGUCACAGCACUUCGUGCAUCGUGAUCUUGCUACCCGGAAUUGUCUGGUUGGUGAGAACCUACUGGUGAAGAUUGGGGAUUUUGGGAUGUCUAGAGAUGUGUACAGCACAGACUACUAUAGGGUUGGGGGUCACACCAUGCUGCCCAUUCGUUGGAUGCCUCCAGAGAGUAUCAUGUACAGGAAGUUCACCACAGAAAGCGAUGUCUGGAGCUUGGGUGUUGUAUUAUGGGAAAUCUUUACGUAUGGCAAACAGCCAUGGUAUCAGCUCUCAAACAACGAGGUGAUUGAGUGCAUCACUCAGGGCCGAGUCUUGCAGCGACCUCGCACAUGCCCCAAGGAAGUGUAUGACUUGAUGCUGGGCUGUUGGCAACGGGAGCCUCACAUGAGGCUCAACAUCAAAGAAAUCCAUUCCCUCCUCCAGAACUUGGCCAAGGCAUCUCCAGUCUACUUGGAUAUUUUAGGCUAA